GGAGGUGCGGCCACCCUGAGGAGGAGAGCGAUGGACCCGGACUGGACACCGCCUCGCGGGGGCCAGCGAUACGGCGAGGAGAGAGGCGGCAGCGGCGCUCCGUGCGUGACGACGAGGCGUUCGGCCGCAGCAGGCUCGUCCUCACAGGCGGCGUGGCAGCCGAGCCCCGGGGCCGACCUGUCGAGCCACCACGACGAUGACCUCUUCAGCGACACGGACGGCUCGGACGAAAACACGGACGAGGAGGAGGAGGAGACGCCGCCCGCCGCCCGCCGCACGCCGCACGCCGCGGCCGUCCGCCGCCGCCCGCAGGCCGCUGGCAAGCGCAAGGCGAAGGCCGCGCCGGCGUGCGAACAGGAGGAUCACAGGGCGCGGGCGAGGGAGCUCGCCGAGCGGCGGCGCAAACGGCACGAGGCGCUGCUGCCGCCGCAAAAGGAGCUGCGCACAGCGGAGGCGCGCCGCUUGCGAGCGGAGAGCGAAAGGCUGCCGCAGCCAGCGCCGGACGACGCCGAGGCGUGCGGCACCUUCAUGGACUCGGUGCUGGGCAACUAUGUCUGCAGCCUGCGCGUAGAGGGCGAGGCGCGGGGCGCGACGGCGAGGGCGGGCUUCACGUCCACGCAGACCCUCGUCGCCGGCAUGCCGGUCCCGCCGCGGUGCCGGUUUGUGGCCGGCUGGGACGCAAUCAACGCCGCGGCGCAGGCGGCGGCGGCGCGCCGAAAGGAGGCCGCGGCGGCGGAGCUGGCGCGGCCGCCGGUGGCGGAGGCGGAGGGGCUGCGGCUGCACCUCUCGAGCAGCAGUAGCACCCGGUACAGGGGCGUGAAGGGGCUUCAGUCUGGCCGCUUCCAGGCGGAGUACAGGGUGGGCGGGAGGAAGGUCUGCCUCGGCACCUUCGACACGGCGGUGGAGGCGGCGGUGGCGUACGCGCGGGCGGUCGGCGAGGAGGGGGCGCCCGCGGAGGAGGCGGAGGGGCUGCGGCUGCACCUCUCCAGCAGCAACGUCACCGGCUACAGAGGCGUGCACGAGCACGAAGGCCGCUUCCAGGCACAGCGCGUGGCGGACGGAAGGCAGGUACAUCUCGGCACCUUCGACACGGCGGUGGAGGCGGCGGUGGCGUACGCGCGGGCGGGCGGCGAGGCCCCAGCGGCGACGUGAUGGCGGCGCGCACAACGCCGCGGUGGCGUACGCGGCGCUCGCCGAGGAGGUGAAGGACCUCAAGGACAACGAGGACAACGAGGUCGCCGCCAAGGAGCGCAUCCUCGCGCGGGCGUCGGUCAGCUCCUCGUGACUCCGGCUAGGGCCGUCAGAUCGCUGAUGCACGCCCCCUCUCGCCCCGCGACUCGCCGUCCCUCUCGCUCGGGGGGGCCAACACGACACUAGUCUAAGUCGUCGAGUAUCUUUUACGUUUGUCUGUGUUGUCGCCAUUUGUUUCUGUCCGGGGUACACAUACAGUACAAUACUCAAUACGAUGUAUUAUAGGC